AGUCUUUCCGCUGUCAUUUGCCAGUUGACAAUGAUGCUAACGUAAAAACAUUUAGUUUUGUUUACACCAGUUUGAUAUUGUUAUUUUAUUGUGUUUGUGGCACGAGUUAUAACAUACUGAUGACUACCUCAAAUAACCAAAGAGCCAUGCAUCGAAUAUCUCCCGACAAUCCAGUGAGACGACGUCUCUUUCCAAACGACGAUAUAACAGAUGAAGCAAAAAACGACAACUUCGCAAACAUGCUACAAGAAUCAGCCGCUAGAGAGAAACUGGAAAAAAUGCACAAAUGGAACUUUGAUUUUGAAAAUGAAAUGCCUCUACAAGGCACUUAUGAAUGGUACCCGUGUACCGGUUCACGUGAUUGGAUAGGAAUUGAUGCGACCAAAUUUGAAACCGAUGACGUCAUCAAGGCAACCGAAGAUACCUUCUUGCAGAUGAAGUUCGAAAACGAAUUAACACCGAAGAGCGACAAGGACGACAAUAUUCCACUGCUAAGGAAGAGGAGGAUGGAAGAUCUGGAGAAAUUGUUAGGAGACAGACGGGCUAAGCGCAAAAUUAGCUUCGAUUAGACCUUAAAUGGGAACAAAAAAAUCGUAAAACAAUUUAUUAA